AUGCCUCCCGUAAGGUGCAACUUUGCCUCAGCCCUCUAUGAUCGCAUGGUACCUCUUGCAAUGGGCGAGGUGCAGCCAGCAGGUCUGUCGGUAAACUUCAUCGAUGUUCAUCACCCGCGCGACGUCUUCGACCGGAUGAUAGCAAAUCAGGAAUUCGAUGCCUCAGAGCUGUCUAGUUCGGAAUAUAUCACCCGCCACGUUGCUGGAGAUCGCACUUUCAUCGCACUACCAGUUUUCCCCUCUCGGGUCUUCCGGCACAGUUUUAUUGUCGUGAAUAAAGACAAGAUCAAGGAGCCAAAGGAUUUGAAUGGUAAGAGGAUUGGUGUGCAACUGUACACAAUGACUGCUGCCGUGUUCAUCCGAGGUCUACUUCAACAUGAAUACGGCGUGGACAUAUCGUCCAUUGAAUGGGUGGAAGGUAAGAUGGAGGGACCAGGUUCUCACGGCAAACCCUCCGCCCUGAAGCCCCUCAAGCCGAUUAAUAUCACGCAAAACACCGAUCCCACCAAGUCUCUCUCCGAUCUCCUCGAGGCAGGCGAGAUUGACGCCACAAUCGGAGCUGAUAUCCCAGCCUGCCUUGGCAAAGCACCACACAUCGACCUGGAAAUGGACUAUUACAAGCGCACCGGCAUCUUUCCGAUCAUGCAUCUGGUGGCCAUGCGCCGAGAUUACUAUGAGCAAAACAAAUUUGCGGCAUCUGCCUUGUUCAACGCCCUGGACGACAGCAAGGAACUGGCGAGAAAGCGGAUGGAGAGUACGGGUGCAUUAAGAUACAUGCUUCCAUGGCUACCCCAGGAACUCGAUGAGAUCCAUGAGGUAUUUGGAGAGGAUAGCUGGCCUUACGGCAUCGAGGAGAACCGGAAGACCUUGGAGGCGUUGGUGCAGUAUCUUCAUGACCAGUCAGUCGAUGAUUGA